AAGAAGAAGGAAUAGCAAUGGCGGCUACCUUGUCUGUAAACAUUUGCGUUCGGGUGACGAACGUGCUUUCAAAGUAAUAAUUUCUACGGCAGCCACGCAGAUAAUGGAUGACGAUGACUCCAUGCAUAGACUGGAGGGGACUGAUCCCAAAGUCCAAGUUGGAGGACUGAUAGUCAAGAAGAAGAGCGCUGCUGCAGAACAUCAUGUUUUUCGGGCUCCUACCCCGCGCACCUCUCUGCUGGGCUUGGAUCUUCUGGCGGCUCAGAAAAGGAAAGAGCGAGAGAGUAAAGAACAGAAUGAAGUCGGUGGCGAGGACGGAGGCCGAAAAAAAUCCAGGGUUUCCUCAUACAAGGACUGGGAGGAAAGCAAAAGUGAUUCUGGUUCUGACGAUGAAGAUGAUGAAAAGAAUGGGCAGGAUAAAAAGGAGAACCGGAAGUACCGUACGAGUGGCUCAGAGACGCCUUCCAGUCCUGGAGGGGUCAGCGAGGAGUUCCGUCGCCGUCACGAGCAGAGAGAAAAAGACAGACGGGAGCAGGGCGUCUACGUCUCCUCCAAAGAUGACAGGAACAGAGACAAAGACAAGGGCAGAGAUCGGCGGAGUGAAAGAGAUACCCGAGAGGGCAGCUCCAGCAGCCGCUCGGAUCGUUCGCACCGCAGCGAGAGGAGUGAGCGCUCACAGAAAGAUGGCUGGUCGGAUCGCAUCAGCCGGGGCAGCAGGCGGGAUGAACCGCAAACACCACAGCAGCGCCCCAGAGAUGGUUCUACGCCUUCGCGCUCCAACUGGGAAGAAGACGACAGCGGUUAUGCUAGUACACGGCAUUCUCAGUGGGAGUCUCCCUCCCCGGCUCCUUCUGCAAAGGAAUCGGACCGCUCGGAGCGGAGUCGGCACUCGGGGCGAGAGAGCGAGAGGAGAGACAGGUCAGUGAGAGGCCGUUACGCAGAUGACACACCCCUACCCACCCCAUCCUACAAGUACAACGAGUGGGCCAAUGACCGAAAGCAUUUAGGUUCCACACCUCGUUUAUCCCAAGGAAAAGGUAAAAAAGACGGUGGGACUGGAAUUUCAUUUGACAACGAGGACGAGAAAGAGCAGUGGGAAGAAGAUCAGAAGCAAGCCGACAGAGACUGGUACAUGAUGGACGAAGGAUAUGAUGAGUUCCACAACCCCUUCACUUCCACGUCUGAUGAAUACAUCAAGAAGAGAGAGCAGAUUCUUCAGAAGCAGACUCAGAAACGAAUAUCCGCGCAGAAACGACAAAUCAACGAGGACAAUGAGCGUUGGGAGACCAACCGUAUGUUGACCAGCGGUGUGGUGCAGAGGCUGGAGGUGGACGAAGACUUUGAGGAGGACAAUGCUACAAAGGUUCACCUGCUGGUUCACAAUUUGGUCCCUCCCUUCCUGGAUGGAAGAAUAGUGUUUACUAAACAGCCAGAGCCCAUCAUCCCUGUGAAAGACGCUACCUCCGACAUGGCCAUCAUCUCGCGCAAGGGCAGUCAGCUUGUUCGUAAACACCGUGAGCAGAAAGAACGCAAAAAGGCACAGCACAAACAUUGGGAACUGGCAGGCACUAAGCUAGGGGACAUCAUGGGCAUCCAGAAGAAAGAAGACGAUGCUUCUGGAGGCCAAGAGGUUGGCGAGGAUGGCAAAGUAGACUACAGAGCAGAGCAGAAGUUUGCAGAUCACAUGAAAGAGAAGAGCCAGGCCAGCAGUGAGUUUGCCAAGAAGAAAACCAUUCUGGAGCAGAGACAGUACUUGCCUAUUUUUGCUGUGAGGCAGCAGCUUCUUAACAUCAUAAGGGACAACAGCAUUGUGAUUGUUGUUGGCGAAACGGGCAGUGGGAAAACCACCCAGCUGACGCAGUACCUCCACGAGGAUGGCUACACCAGCUACGGCAUGGUGGGGUGUACUCAGCCCCGCAGAGUGGCCGCCAUGAGUGUUGCCAAGAGAGUCAGUGAGGAGAUAGGCACCAACCUAGGAGAAGAGGUUGGCUACGCAAUUCGUUUUGAGGACUGCACGUGUGAGAAAACGAUGAUCAAGUACAUGACGGACGGUAUCCUGCUCAGAGAGUCCCUGAGGGAGUCCGACCUGGACCACUACAGCGCUGUCAUCAUGGACGAGGCUCACGAGCGGUCUUUGAACACCGACGUGCUGUUUGGUCUGCUCCGCGAGGUUGUAUCUCGACGCACAGACUUGAAACUCAUUGUUACUUCGGCAACAAUGGACUCUGACAAAUUUGCUGCAUUUUUUGGCAAUGUACCUAUAUUCCACAUUCCGGGAAGAACAUUUCCAGUGGACAUAUUGUUUAGCAAGACUCCUCAGGAGGACUACGUGGAGGCAGCAGUGAAACAGGCCCUGCAGAUCCACCUCAGUGGAUUGGUCGGCGACAUUCUCAUCUUCAUGCCGGGCCAGGAGGAUAUUGAGGUGACGUCAGAUCAGAUUGUGGAACGACUGGAGGAUUUGGAUAACGCCCCUGCUCUGGCUGUGCUCCCAAUUUACUCUCAGCUGCCCUCUGAUUUACAGGCCAAAAUAUUCCAGAAGGCCCCAGACGGUGUUCGGAAAUGUAUUGUUGCUACAAACAUAGCAGAGACUUCCCUCACUGUGGAUGGUAUCAUGUUUGUUGUGGAUGCUGGAUACUGCAAACUUAAGGUGUUCAAUCCUCGAAUUGGAAUGGAUGCGCUACAAGUAUACCCCAUCAGCCAAGCCAAUGCGAACCAGCGUUCUGGACGAGCAGGUCGUACAGGACCAGGGCAGUGUUACAGGCUCUACACUCAGAGCGCCUAUAAGAAUGAGAUGCUGACCACCACCAUCCCAGAAAUUCAGAGGACCAACCUUGCCAAUGUGGUCCUGCUGUUGAAGUCGCUGGGUGUUCAGGAUUUGCUCCUUUUCCACUUCAUGGACCCGCCACCCGAAGACAACAUGCUCAACUCCAUGUACCAGCUUUGGAUCCUGGGAGCUCUCGAUAACACUGGUUCCUUGACGCCGACCGGCCGCAUGAUGGUGGAGUUCCCCCUGGACCCGGCACUGUCCAAGAUGCUGAUCGUGUCCUGCGACAUGGGCUGCAGCGCCGACAUCCUCAUCAUUGUUUCUAUGUUGUCCGUACCGGCCAUCUUUUACAGACCUAAGGGCCGUGAGGAGGAAAGCGACCAGGUCAGGGAGAAGUUCUCCGUGCCAGAGAGUGACCACCUGACGUACCUCAACGUCUACACGCAGUGGAAAAACAACAAUUACUCCAGCAUCUGGUGCAACGAUCACUUCAUUCACACCAAGGCCAUGCGCAAGGUGCGUGAGGUGCGCUCCCAGUUAAAAGACAUCAUGGUGCAGCAAAGGAUGAACUUAAUAUCGUCCGGCUCAGACUGGGACAUCAUCAGGAAGUGCAUCUGUGCUGCUUACUUCCACCAGGCCGCCAAGCUCAAGGGCAUUGGCGAAUAUGUGAACGUGAGGACAGGCAUGCCGUGUCACCUUCACCCGACCAGCUCCCUGUUCGGUAUGGGCUACACUCCCGACUACAUCAUCUACCACGAGCUUGUCAUGACGACCAAGGAGUACAUGCAGUGUGUAACUGCGGCGGAUGGCGAGUGGCUGGCAGAACUGGGGCCCAUGUUUUAUAGUAUCAAACACGCUGGGAGAAGCAGACAGGAAAACCGUCGACGGGCCAAGGAGGAAAUCAACAACAUGGAAGAGGAAAUGGCGUUGGCCGAGGAGCAGCUACGAAGCCGUCGCGAUGAGCAUGAGAGGAAGAACACUGGCAAUGUGAAGUCAUUGAGAAUCUGCACACCAGGAAGACGAGAAGAGGCCCCCAUGACACCCCGACGCACCCCUUCUCGAUUUGGACUGUAAAAUCUCCUUGGGGGGUGGGGGGCUGGGGGGGUAGGGGUCAUCCAGACCUCCAUCACGGGAACCAGCACAAGGCAGCCAUAUGUAGACGCACCUGCAGUUCAUGUACAGGCCACUAGGGAGAGAACUUGUAUCAGACAAGGCUCAUCAAAAUUACCGCUCCCCCCCCCUCUUUUAAAUGAGCUCCUUCAGUGAUGAAUCCAGGAUGGCUACAGUGUGAUGUUACUGUACAUUCACUAAAAUAAUUGACUUCAAGAACAAAAUAUUAUGGGGCACUAGGGAGCCACAUUCAUCUAAAUGUCAGAUGAUCUAAUGUAGUUUCCAUGUAUUUGUGUCCUGUGUUGUUGUCAUAAAGAGCUCCUCCACACGCUCAAGCACUGUUCACAUUGUACAUGUGUCACAAGUGUGGUCGCACUUGUAUUGUCAUGCUACCUGCACAUAACACCUUUGCCUAAGCUCUUCUCCCCCCCCCCCCCCCCCCCCCCCAAUCUUGUUUUUGCAACAUGAAAUAGCUCUGCAACACCGCCACAUCAGAUUAAAUGCCAACAAUGUUAUUUUCACACUCAAAAGAUUUUCCACAUCCUUCUUGGUAUGUCUUUGAAUAACGUGACGCACACAAACUCAACUUUUCGGUGCGACAGAUGAACUGGUCAGGCCCAGUGAAGGUCUUUUUAAAAAAAAAAAAUUAAACAUGGAGAUUAACGGGCUGAGCGCUCAAUCAUUUGUGUAAAGUGAAAUAAUAAAUGUUAGCUAUUUUGUAUAUUCCAAGGUGGUUUGAGUUUGUAUCCUAUUUUAUGGGUCUGUGCCUAGCAAGCAUCUGAUAAUGCCAAAAUUAGGAAAGGGCGUAGACAAACAAUCACGCUCCCAUUCGCAUGUAUGGACAAUUAAGCAGCAGUUGACUUUGGACAGCAAACUAGUUGAGACUGCCUCAAAUGAGUCUGACUGAUUCCCUCCACUUUGCUUCAUUUGCUACAGCACAAAAUGGACUUGAUUUUAACCUAAUUGAUUAAAAUGCCCAUCCCAAGUUUAGGUUUGCUUUUGGGCACGAUACUAUCAAUUUUAAAUAAUAGCUUGGGUUUAUCUAUAACAUAUUUGCAGAUUGGGCGGGACUGCGGACGACUGGUUAGCACAUCUGCCUCGCAGUUCUGAUGACCCGGGUUCAAAUUCCGGCCCCGCCUGUGUGGAGUUUGCAUGUUUUCUCCGGGUACUCCGUUUUCCUCCCACAUCCUCAAAAUAUGUAUGGUAGGGUAAUUGAAGACUAAAUUACCCGUAGGUGUGAAUGUGAGUGCGAAUGCUUGUUUGUUUAUGUGCCCUGCGAUUGGCUGGCGACCAGUUCAGGCCCGCCUCGCGACCCGAGUGAGGAUAAGCGAUACGGAAAAAGGAUUGUUUGAAAAUGGCUGACCACAUUUGAUCCAAGCCACUGUUCAGAGCCUAAUAUGUCCUCUGUGCAAGACGUGCGGAAUUAUGUCGCCUCAAGAUUGAACGUCUGGAUAUUUCAGACAAUGAGUGAAAAUGUGUCGGUUAUAUUUCAUCCUGUUCAAAAUAAAUCAGCCACAAAGGUAAAUGUGUGGAGGUUCUUUUCCACUUCCUGGACGACUUGGCACUGAUGGCGGGCUGGUACACUUGCCUGACUUUGGUCUGGGCAGCGUGAGUUCAGUUCCCACUCAGUGAUGGUGUGAAUGUCACUUUUGUAUCAUAU